AUGUGGGCCGAGCCGGUCUACCAUAUGUACAUGAUGAGUGCCGCCGUCGCCCCCGAUAGUGCGAUUCCCGACACCCUGGAGAAGCAGCUCGAGCAGAACUCCCAGGGCCUUCCGGAGAAGUCGAUCCCGAAGCACUUCAAUUACCCGGACCUGUCUUUUGAGUCCGAAAGUGUGGCUUCCGAAGAGGCCACGGUCAUGAGUCUUGAGACGGCAUUGGUGGCGUCCGUGAAUGGCGCUCGCGGCUUUGUCCUGGACACCGGGGCCACGGAGAAUGCCGUUGGGGUGAAGACCUUGGAGCAGAUCCUCAUGAAGGCCAAGAUCAAGCAUACUGUUUCCAUAGAUGAGCGACCAGUGUUCAAGUUUGGCGACGGGUUGAGCCUUCGUGCUUCUUUGGGAGAUGUACACUUUUACUUUUACACCCUAGAUGGCGACCACCGGCCGCAGACCCACAAUGCCGAGAACACCCCAGCACUUCUUGGAGGCAAGUUUCUUCGGGAAGCCCGGGCAACCAUUUCUUGUGAUCUUUUGUGCUUGUGGUUUGCUGAUAGCCGCUCGACCCUAUGGGCCACCGAACUUCUCCAGACUCAGUCCGGUCACUUGAUGAUUCCUGUUUCCGGGCAACUUCUUGACAUGAACGCCCUUCGGCUGAAGGCUGAGAGGGAGCAUGGCGUCCGACUUCCAUUCGCGACACCAUGCCUUUUGGAUCUUCUGUUGACGCCCGGAGCCCUUGAGGAGCUCAAGCAAGCACCUCUUCUCAGAGUCUUUUCGCAGUUUUCGGUGAGCGUCAAGGAGUUGAUCCAUCACAUGUGUGUGCCGUGCCUCCGCUCUCUCAGCGACUUCGUGACCUUAGCGCCCGCCUCUCCUUGUUGCGACUCCGUUGUGCACAUGGCCCUUGCUAGGGCAAGCACAAGAAGGGCGGCCUUCGUCAGAAUCAGUUCGCAGUUCGCUUCUUGGAUGGCAUGCUGCCGCUGCGGACUUCGGCUGCAUGACGAGCCGAAGAUGAGCCACGGCAAGGACCGCACGGCGGGAGCCACGGUGGAGGCUGUGAAGGAAGCGAUUGACGAAUUGGCCGAGGAGUUCCCCGAUGGCGCGGUGACCGAGAAGAUGUGUGCAGGCAAGAUUCGGGAGGUGCAGGGCCGUCGCAUGGUUCGCAACGAGAAGGUGGUCCUGCACACGUUCAUGGAGAAGAAGGCCGUCGGUGUGGAGCCCAGGGGUGCAACAGUGACGCGAGCGGCCGGUCAGGGGAACAGUGCCGAGGCCGAAGCAGAGGUCCCGACCGACAGGGCCCCCGCGAUCAAGACGAAGAAGGACCCGAGCCUCGAGGGACCAGGAGAACAAGGUGGCGGCGCUGAAGGCAAAGCUGGCGGCCGCGAUGGGCGGCGAUUUCGAGGACUCGGACCUGGAGCACUCCGAAAAGAUGAGCACUGCGAGCUGGAAGGAGACAAAGUGAUUGAUGACGAGGUCGGUGUGGAGCCGGGGGGCGUGGAGCGCAACCUGGAUGAGGACCACACGGCGACAGCCACACCGACAGCAGGCCUUGCAGAGAGGAGCCGUGGUUUCACGGGUGCCACUCGGCGCCAACUUCACGUGGCUGGGGCGCCGGCGUACUUUGCCUCCCUGCUGUGCACUACGACUGUACUGUUGAAUUUGUUUGAGAAAGCGAGCCUUAUGGAAGUUAACGGUGCGAACUCUGAGGGCAAUUUUGGCUCUAUGGCCGGUGACCUGGGGAUCACCUAUGACGGCUACUUCCAGAAGUCUGGUUGGAUGGUCGAGAAAAAGAAUGUGUCGUCCGAGAUUGUGUCCCGGGUCGUGUCGGUGAUGCCGGAGAUGCUGUGGAUUUCUCCGGCAGUGCGUGGGGAAACACCUUAUGGAACCAUGGAGGCCCCAGGCGUGAAGCGCAACCGGCAGCGGGCUCAGCGACGAUCGUUGGAAGUGGCGGCCGAACUUUCCAAAGGAGCGUGUCAACAGAUCCGAGAGGGACGGCACGUGGCAUGGGAGGUGUGGGACGGCCUCUACAUUGCUCUACAUCACAUCAUUGUGGAUGGUUGCUUCUACAAGAAAGCCGAGGGGGCACAUGGCAAGCGAUGGCGGGGCACGAGCCAGGACACGGCGAAGCAGGUUGGGGACUAUCUCCUAGAGUCUUCCUCGGGUGUCUUUCCCUCCAUUGAGAACUCCACUGAGGGCCCCAACGGCGACCAGGACGGCCACAUCCUCGCAGUGUCCACUGGGCGGUUGCCAACAGCAGCACCCACUGGAGCGAAGCUGAAGCAGAUCAAGGACAGCAUGCUCCGACUUCACCGGGGCCUCACCUGUGAUGGCUGUUCCGAGGUUCGACGGCAGGCUGGGCCACCUGCGGCAUCCGCCGAGCCUCCGCCGAGCCUGUGGGAGGUGCUCGGAAUGGAUGUGUUUGAAGUUGAGUACAAGAAGGACGGUGCAAACUUCAAGGCGAAGGUGCUGUUGAUGAUUAGCCGCGCAAGCCGGUUCACCAUGACCCAUGUUCUGAAGGAGUUCGCUGCGGAACAAUCGUGGGAACCAAGCGCUAUGGAUGUCAAGCGAGCGGUGGUGAGAACGUGGCUGGGCUCCAAUCCUGGUCCACGCUGGAUCAUUACCGAUGCUGCACCUUCCUUUACUAGUCGAGAAAUGCUUGACUUCGCUUCGCGCAGCGGCUUGGGUCUCUUGACGGCGCCGGCGGAAGCACACUACAUCAUGGGCAUCGAGGAGCGCGCGAUCCAGGUGAUCAAACGAGCCAUUGAGAAACUCGAGAAGGAGGACCUGGAAUUGGGCAUUGAAUCCCCGCGCUCUCUGGCGUGCCAUGGCCACAACUCCUUCAUCCAUGCGACAACGGGAUACAGAAAGAAGCUGUCCAAGCUCUCCAACAGCGUGAGCCACUGCGCCACUGGUGACCUUUGCAUGCUUUGGCGAACUCGUGUGAACAG